CAAACCCAAACCUGAAAAACAUUAAAUCAAAAUGCCACUCAACACUACACCACUCCAUACACUCUCAAACAGCUCAUCAAACUUACCACCUGAAUUUGGGAUCAUCAUUAAUUUGGAUUCGUAUGAAAAUAAUACAUUUGAUCCAACUAAAUUAUCAGAAGAAGACUUUAAAGAAUUGGAGGAUUUACUUUAUAAACAUUCUUUGGUGCUUUGGCGUGGUGUGAAAUUGAAUCCGCUUCAACAAUAUACUCUUACAAAACGAUUUGAUCCUAGUAGUACUACAUAUGGGCAUGAUAAUGAAAAAUCAGGUAUCCAAUCCAAAUCUGUAUUACAUCCUGAUCUAAAGACUUUACCAUCUCAACCUCAAGUUCAAUUAAUUGGAAAUGGAAAAGUUAUCGAUCAAGAAAUCGCACCCGGUAUGGAUCCUUUACCAACCCUUAAACAUCCACAUCAUAAAACGUUUCAUAAGACGGUCGUAUCAGAAGAAGAUGAAUCAAAAGGGUAUACUCGGUUUUAUAGAUGGCAUAUAGAUGCUGCACUUUAUAAACUUGAUCCUCCUAAAGUGACUACCUUGCAAGCUUUGAGAGUACCAGAAGGAAAACAUCAAGUGUGUAGAUAUGAUGAUGGUACAGGAGAUGAACUGUCAGUUCCACUGGGUACAACGGCUUUUGUCAGUGGACAAAAGAUGUUUGAAAUCUUACCGAAAGAACUUAAGAGUUUAGCGGUUCGUACUAAGGUUCAAUAUGCACCACAUCCUUUAUGGAAGAAUCCAGUGACUGGUUUACUGCAUUUACAAGUACAUCCAUCUGGAGCCGAAAAAUUAAUUAUUGAUCCGAUCCCAUCAAACCAAUCAACUCAAUCUACUGAAUUGUAUCCUGAAGGAGGAAGAAUAGAAGAUUUGAAAAAAGUUAGAGAGAUCUUAUAUGAUUUUCAAAGACCUGGAAUCUCACCUGAUUUAGUAUAUCCACAUGAUUGGAAAGAAAAUGAUCUUUGUUUGUUUCAUAAUCGUGGGGUUUUACAUAGUGUAGUUGGAGCUUUUGGAUCAGAUCAACAUCGAGCAUUUUGGCAAUGUAAUAUUGCUGCUAGUGAUCAACCUAUUGGACCUGAUGACAAUGAUCUUCAAAAAUAUCUUUGAAUGAAACUGGACAUGUCUUUCUUUGGAAGGGUUUUGUAUUUCAAACUCUUUUUUGUUUUCUUUAUAGCAUUGACUAUUUUUAUGUAUCUCUUGGUUGUUGUUUUUUUGGUAUGAAAGGAUUUGUGAUUUUUUUAUUUCGGUUGAUGUUGUUGUUUAUGAUGAUGGUGAUGUUGUUGUUGUUGUUGUUGUUGUGUAAUUGGAUAUACUUUUGAUUAUACUUUUGAUUAUUUGAUUUGAUUGAUUAGUUGAAAAUUGAAGAUUAAGGAUGGUUGGAUUUAUGG